UUGACAUUUCCAUCUUUAGUCUUUACCAGCUGAUGUUUGUUUUUGUAAAUUAAAUACUCAGAAUAACGAAUCCUAAAUAUUGCUAACAUGAUAGCAAAUAAACCUGAUUUGAAAUAUUUUUUAAUAACUGGUGACCCUGGAGUUGGAAAAACUACUUUAACCAGAAAGUUAUGUUCAUUACUACAAACAAAUGGAAUUAAAACAUCUGGUUUUUAUACAGAAGAAGUAAGAAAAAACCGAGUCAGGGAAGGUUUUGACAUCAUAACUUUAGAUGGCGAACAGGGCAGAUUAGCUAGAGUCCAAAGCUUACUCAAUUUUCCCGCCAAAUUUUCGGUCGGCAAAUAUGGGGUAUUAAUUGAUGAAUUUGAAAAUGUUGCUAUGCCAACACUACAGAAAAUACAAGACCCUAAAACAUGUUUAGUGAUUGAUGAAAUUGGAAAAAUGGAAUUUUUCAGUGCACCAUUCAAGAACAGGGUAAAAGAAAUAUUCACAAAUGAAUUAGACUACAUUGUUCUUGCUACAAUACCAGUUAGGAAAACUGAUCCUUUCAUUGAAAUCAUUAGAAACCAUAAAAAGGCUAAAUUAUGGACGGUAACAAGGGAGAACAGGAACACCUUACAUGAAGAUAUUAUUAUGGAAAUGUCACAAGCUAUCAUAUAGGUAUUGUUAUUGAAAAAUGAUACAUUUACUAAAAUGCAUACCACGCAAUACGUUUUUUUUAUAAAGUUGUAAACAAAAUGGUAAUGACCUAGAAAUAUAAUAAAUUGCCUUCUGUUGGCAGUCCUAUGCAGUAUGCAUAAAAAAAAGUGUGUGCCAAGCACAUGUGUCUGAAGUGAAACUUCUUUGGGAAGAUGCAAAGAUACCAAAAUCGUUACCUUUCUCCAUGACGUGACGGUAUUGCCAUAACGCAACCUUGAAAUUUUACUCUCAACGCGCCUAGAGAAGUUUCACUUCAAAAAAAUGCUUUUCAAGGACAAAUAAAAAUAAAUAUUUAGUA